AUGUCAACCUCAACAACCCCCCCAACACCCCCCUUCCACCGCCUCCUCUCCUUCUACUCCAACCGCUCCCCCCACCCAGACACCCAAACCAUCCGCCUCCAAGACUCCCUCUCCGGCAACCUAGCCCUCGGUCUCGACUUCCCCGUCGCCCUAGCCAUAGCUCUAGGCCGCCACCUCUGGCUCUCCAACACCACCUUCUUCUCCCUCAACAUCCACGUCCCGUCCGUCCGCGUGACGGAAACGCUGCUCGAGGGUGUGAAGGUAGAGGAGAAGAGGGAUUACUCUUGUGGGGAGAUUGUGGGGCUUGCGAGGGAAGUGGGUGGGUGGAAGAGUGCGUUGGAUGCGGUGGGGUUGUGGGCGCUGGCUGCUGAUGUUGGAACUGGGGCGUUGAGGGGUGCGGAUGUAAGGGCUUUUAAUGAGGGGACUUUGUUGGCCGGGUUGGAGAGGAGGAGGAAGGGAAGGGGGGAUGUGCUGCCUUUGUGGAGGGGGGGUCCGAUUUCCGUUGCGGGCCAUUCGUGGGUUGUGAAGAAGAUGUUUGGCGUUGAUGUCUAUCAGGCGGAUUCCAAAGAUGACUGA